AUCCAAGGUGACCGCCGACGAUUGGGAGAGAGUUCAGAGUUGACAGACCGGACGUUCCUGCUCCUGGAUGGCCCCCUCUUCCUAGGAGUGAUGGGAACAGUGGCUGCUACCUCUUCCGGAACCGCCUUGGAGGCUCCAGAGCCUCACUUGACGUUCCCAGAUAAAAGGCGGCAACAGGCUGCUUCCGCCGUCCGCAGAGUAAUCACCCUGGAGCUGAAUGGGACAAAACAGGAAGAUGGCCAAGAUUAGCACCCAGUACUCCCACUCCUGUAUGAACCACCUCACAGUCAGGACGAAGGACAGAGAUCUUGACCACCUUGAAAAUGGCCUCAACAGGACCCACCCGCCAUGCAAAGAGACAGCGUCAGAACUGCAGCAAGGGAUCGCCAUGGAGACCAGAGGACUGGCUGAAUCCAGGCAAAGCUCCUUCACCGGCCCAGGGCCUGCAAGGUUGUCACGCCUCAUCAUCUCACUGCGCUCCUGGGCUGCCAGGCACGUGCACCAUGAGGACCAGAGACCUGACUCUUUUCUGGAGCGUUUCCGUGGAGCUGAGCUCAAGGAGGUGUCCAGCCAAGAAAACAAUGCCAGGUCAAACAUGGACAGCCUGGAGCCACCAGACAGGGAGAGAAGUGACUGGCCGCUGGCCAGAAACAAUACCAAUGCCUGCAACAACUCAGAGGAUGACGAGGCGAGAAAGGAAGAGAAACAGAGAAAGGAAGACGAGAAAAAGAAAAGCUGUGAAAAACAAGAGGAAAAGAAGGACUCCAUGGUGGUGGACCCCUCCAGCAACGUGUACUACCGCUGGCUGACCAUCAUUGCCAUGCCUGUCUUCUACAAUUGGUGUCUGCUCGUGUGCAGGGCCUGUUUUGAUGAGCUGCAGUCUGAGCACCUGGUGCUGUGGCUGGUCCUGGACUACUCUGCAGAUGUCCUCUAUGGCCUGGAUAUGCUGGUGCGAGCCCGGACAGGCUUCCUCGAGCAAGGCUUGAUGGUCAAGGAUGCCGACAGGCUGUGGAAGCAUUACACAAAAAGCUUGCAGUUCAAGCUGGAUGCACUGUCCCUGGCACCCACUGACCUGGCUUAUUUAAAGCUGGGCAUGAACUAUCCAGAACUGAGGUUCAACCGCCUGCUGAAGUUUGCCCGACUCUUUGAAUUCUUUGAUCGUACAGAGACGAGGACCAACUACCCAAAUGUGUUUAGGAUUGGGAACCUGGUCUUGUACAUCCUCAUCAUUAUCCACUGGAAUGCUUGCAUCUACUUUGCCAUUUCCAAGUUCAUUGGUUUUGGGACAGAUUCCUGGGUUUACCCAAACAUCUCAAACCCAGAAUAUGGGCGCCUCUCCAGGAAAUACAUUUAUAGUCUCUAUUGGUCCACCCUGACCCUUACCACUAUUGGGGAAACCCCACCCCCUGUGAAAGAUGAGGAGUAUCUCUUUGUUGUCAUAGACUUCCUGGUGGGUGUCCUAAUUUUUGCCACCAUUGUGGGCAAUGUGGGCUCCAUGAUCUCAAACAUGAAUGCCUCUCGGGCAGAGUUCCAGGCCAAGAUUGAUUCCAUCAAGCAGUACAUGCAGUUCCGCAAGGUGACCAAGGACUUGGAGACACGGGUUAUUCGGUGGUUUGACUACCUGUGGGCCAACAGGAAGACAGUAGAUGAGAAGGAGGUGCUCAAGAACCUUCCAGAUAAGUUGAAAGCUGAAAUCGCCAUCAAUGUGCACCUGGAUACACUGAAGAAGGUCCGAAUCUUCCAGGACUGUGAGGCAGGGCUGCUGGUGGAGCUGGUACUGAAGCUGCGGCCCGCAGUGUUCAGCCCGGGGGAUUAUAUCUGCAAGAAGGGGGACAUCGGAAGGGAGAUGUACAUCAUCAAGGAGGGCAAGCUGGCUGUGGUGGCUGACGAUGGGAUCACCCAAUUUGUGGUCCUCAGUGAUGGGAGUUACUUUGGGGAGAUCAGCAUUUUAAACAUCAAGGGGAGCAAGUCGGGGAACCGCAGGACAGCCAACAUCAGGAGCAUUGGAUACUCGGACUUGUUCUGCCUUUCCAAAGAUGAUCUGAUGGAGGCGCUCACCGAAUACCCUGAAGCCAAGAAGGCCCUGGAGGAGAAGGGACGGCAGAUCCUACUGAAGGACAACCUGAUUGAUGAGGACCUGGUGAAGGCUGGGCCAGACCCUAAGGACAUCGAGGAGAAGGUAGAGCACCUGGAGUCCUCCCUGGAUACCCUGCAGACCAGGUUUGCACGGCUUCUGGCUGAGUACAGUGCCACCCAGAUGAAAGUGAAGCAGCGUCUCAGCCAACUGGAAAGUCAGGUGAAGAUCUGUGGGAGCGGCCUCCAGUCUGAUGGAGAUUCCCCUGGGGAUGCCUCAAAAACAGAGGCCAAAGAACAGUGAAAACUCAGGAUGUUUCCGGCUUUGCAGCGUCAGCUCUCUGACACUAUGUGGCUAAAGCUACAUGGUACGGGCUGUGACCAGCAUCUCAUUUCAGCUCUCUGUACCCUUGCAAGCUGUGUGGCCUGCUGAGAGAACCUCAUUUUCCCUUGUCUACAAAACAAGGCUCAUCGGCAAUGGUGAAUUACUAUGAGAUCCACAUGAAGCAAUGCUUGAGGCAGGGCUCUGUCAAGUGUGAUGCCUCUAUCCAAACAUAAGAAAAUGCAUGAAUAGAACUCUUUAUUUUUUUAUCCAUGAGAUAUUUUUAAACUUUUGAACUUCAUUUUCUUGUAAUGGAAGAUUAUUUAGUCCCCUUCUCCCUCUCACCUCCCCACGUCCUUCUGAUAAGCUAAAUGUGCAACAUGGUAAUUCAAAUUCAUCCUAAGACAGUCUGCAGGCAUAUUCUGAAUCUGGCAUCUCCUCAUGUACUCCUUAGGUUCCUAGACACCCUGAAUUUUGGUUAUACUGAGGCAAGCACCAGCGAUGAAGCGAGGUCAUAUUUGCGGUUGCUUCAAGUCUGUGAAGCAAAUUCAGAGCCCCAUCAUCCAUCCCCUGUGGAAGCUUGUCUCUUCCCUAGAGAAGAGCAUCUCAAUUAGGGAAAGAGACAGCCCCUUCUCACUCACCAAGGUAUUCAAACACAGCCACUUCCCUUGUCCUUGAGUGGGUCUCUGGGGCAGCUUAUUUUAGCUGCAGGAGAGGCGAUGUUUUCAGGGGAGACUCUUAGAGGUUGGAACGGGGUCCUAAGCAAACAAAGCUGACAACUAGGACUCUAGAAGAUGAGACCUUUAGCCAUAUCUUUGCAAACUGCCCCAUUGCCCCUGAAGAGGAAGCGUCACCCUCCCGUGCAAUUACAAAGCUCUUAGCUACCUAUUCAGAGAGCAGAAUCUAGCUUUUUUUUUCUCGAUCCAGUGAAAUUAAUUCCUUUACAAUUUUACAAGAUAUUUACAUGUUGUGUUCUAUGAUUGCAAUUUAUGAGCUCAGUGGUCUGUCCUUCACUUAUAUAUACAUGUUAUAUGUCACCCAACAUGACUUAUUCUGAUACAAAGAAGCCAUAUAUAGGUUUUUCUUUUUUUCUCUUCAAUCUCUCUCUAUUGAAAUCUAUCUUCCUUCCUUUUCUCCUCCUUUCCCUCUUCCUCCUUUCUUCUUCUCUUCUCAAAAUGCCUACUCCCCCGUCCCUUUGCUUUGGCAAUUUUGAAGUCUAUGGUCUGAUGUUAUAAUCCAUAUGCUACGUAACUGGGCCCUAAUGUAGUUUAUACAAAAGGUGCUGCAUUUUCGUGUAUGUAUUUUGGAUUUAUAUGGGUCUUUUCUGGCUUUUAUUAUGG